AUGAUUGAAUAAGGUAAAAUAAACAGUUAGUAUUUGUUAACUUACUAAAAUAAAUUCGACGAGGAAAUUACUUUGAAGGAUGACAUUGAUUUUUAAAUAGCUCUUAAAGAUUUUUGUGCAGAAAAAUAAAAUUCAUUGACAAUCACUGUUAAAAAUAGAAGUGAUGAAACAGGAAAAUUUGAAGCUAAUAAUAAGAGGAAGUCAUAUGAUUAAUCUGAGGAAGUCUACAAUUAAAAACAUCUCGGGUAAAUUUUCAUGAACGAAAUGUCACAAUAGUUUGAAGAUGAUCUGGUUGAAAGAAUGGUUGAAAAACUUGACUAAAAUAGACAUAAAAACGAUCUCUUGAUGUCACCUGAAGAUCUCAAUAGUCUUAACAAUGCUUUAAAUUUAAUGCCUCAGGAUAAAAAUUCUGAUCUCAUCAAUUUUGAAAAACCAGAAUAAAAAGAAUAAUUAAUAUUUGGACUUACAGAAUAAAGAAUAAGAUAAAUGGUUAGACAUAUGUUUCUAAAUGAAAUUGAAGGCAUCAUCGAUAAAAUAUUAAAUCACCAAAGAGAAUAUAUACUAAAUGCUUUAGAUUAAAGUAGCAAGGAUGCCACUAAUUUCCGUCAUCAUUAAAUGAAAUAAUAGAAGUCGGAUGACUUUGCUGAGAAAGCAAAAUUAAACAAAAUUAAAUAAUUGAUGAAUUAGGAAGAAGAGAAAGUCUUUCAAUCUUAUAAUCCUCCGAAGAAAUCCAUUUAAAACUUUAAAAAGCCUUUAGAUUUUUAAGAAAGUUAAGAUAAAGAUUUUGAAUAAGCCAUUUAUGAUGAGAGUAAUACUGAAGAGUUCAUAAAAUUCGUCGAUUUGGGAGGAAUAGUUGAAAAUUUAAAAGAAAUUGGGUAGUUUAUGGGAGAAUAAACCUAUAUAUCCAAUCCUGUGAAUAUGGUCUUUUAACCAUUUUGCUCAUUUAUCAGAGAUAAAAAAUAAAAGAAUGAUAUUAUGCUUGGUCUCUUCAAAAGAGAUAUCUUAGAUUCUUUUGAUUAGAAGGAUUAUUCUGAUUAGAUAAGGAAAUUAGCCUCCAUUGCUUAUUAAUCACACUCUGAGUUAAUUGUUCAUGUUGAAGAAAAAGUAGAAAUUUAAAUCCUUCUAAGGAACGAUACUAAAAAAUUGGAAUGGCCAGAAAAUGUUUUGCUUGAGAAAUCAGGAAGUAAAAAAGUGGACUUAAUUAAGCCCCUUCAAAUAAGUAGAAAACUUGAACCUUAAGGAGUUAUGCAAUUAGAAAUUUAAAUUUAAGUAAAUAAGAGGGCAAAGUCUAACAUGAGGUAUAGAUUUAAACUAAAUCUGAGAGAUAAGGACACAAAAGAAUUGUUUGGAGAAUAAUUGAAAAUUAAAUUAAUGGUCGUAGAGGAUCUCAAAAGCAAGUUUAAGAAAGAAAAAGUCCAUAAAAGUGUUGUUAAAAUUCAUGACGUAAUAGAGAAUAUGUGA